UUGAAGGCAAAGAGGAUACAGCGCCGCUGCAAGGUCCUGCAGCGCAGACGGAGCAGCUGCACGCCGUGGGACAUGCCACGCCAAAAUCGCGGCCACCGGCACUGUAGCGAGCCGCUCAUCGGAUCGGCAUCAGUCUAAAUCUGGCAUAUCGUUUUAUUUCUUUAUUCCCGGAGAAAUGCUAUUUGUCAGAGAAACCGGCGUCCGUCACUCUCUAGUGCCCGCGAGAAAGCCAUCGGGGAGCGCAUGUGUCUCUGCGUGUCUUCCCAUUCAUCGUAGCCGCUGCUCCGGACGCUGACUGUAAAUGUAGGUUACUGUGAUCGGACCGGAGACCUGUGCCGUGCAGGGUCAGAUAGAGACGAGGGACAUCGGAGAGCAGGCAGUGUUCGCGUAGGAAACGCAGCGUUUCGCUUUUUUUAUCCCCCCAGAAUCGGGAUCACAGCCGCUUUCGUUUCUUCGCGCGAUACAAAGUAGCUAGAGGGGAUGCAGGUGAAAAAGCCGAGGUGCUCGGACAUGAGCACGGAGGACGAGCAGCGAGAUGACAGCCAGAAAAAGUCUUCGUGUUUCUCCAGCAUUAAGAUCUUCCUGGUUUCGGAGUGUGCCCUAAUGCUGGCGCAAGGGACGGUCGGCGCCUAUCUGGUGAGCGUCUUGACCACGCUGGAGCGACGCUUUAACCUGCAGAGCGCGGAUGUGGGCGUCAUCGCCAGCAGCUUUGAGAUCGGCAACCUGGCCCUCAUCCUGUUCGUCAGCUACUUCGGCGCUCGGGCCCACCGGCCGCGGCUGAUUGGCUGUGGCGGCAUUGUCAUGGCGCUGGGAGCCCUCCUGUCGGCACUGCCCGAGUUCCUCACCCACCAGUACCGGUACGAGGUGGGUGAGGCCUGGCGGACCAGGGACAGCCGGGACGUGUGCUCCAACUCCUCGUCCCGUGCCGAGGACAGGGAUCCCGGGGGCGCGGCCUGUGGGAACCGAGCCAACACCAACAUGAUGUACCUGCUGCUGAUCGGGGCCCAGGUGCUGCUGGGAAUCGGGGCCACGCCAGUGCAGCCGUUGGGCGUGUCCUACAUUGAUGACCACGUGCGCAGGAAGGACUCCUCCUUAUACAUAGGAAUCUUAUUUUCAACCCUGGUGUUUGGACCAGCCUGCGGCUUCAUCCUCGGCUCCCUUUGCACAAAGUUUUACGUGGAUGCUGUCUUCAUCGACACCAGCAUGCUGGAGAUCACCCCGGACGACCCCCGCUGGAUCGGUGCCUGGUGGGGCGGCUUUCUCCUCUGCGGUGCCUUGCUCUUCUUCUCGGCAAUCUUCAUGUUUGGCUUCCCGCAGUCGCUGGCAGUCGCCAGGCCCGAAGGCGACCGGGCCAUGCUCCCUGACGGCCUGGCGCCCGACUACGACCGCACCAAGCCCAGUAACGGGACCCUGCAAAUGCAUGAACCUGGGGCCAGCGUCUCCUGUUGCGAGCAUCUCAAGGUCAUUCCCAGAGUGACGAAGCACCUGCUUUCCAACCCCGUGUUCACCUGCAUCAUCCUGGCCGCCUGCAUGGAGAUCGCUGUGGUUGCCGGCUUUGCCGCCUUCCUGGGGAAGUAUCUUGAGCAGCAGUUCAACCUGACCACCUCCUCGGCCAAUCAGCUCCUAGGCAUGACGGCGAUUCCAUGCGCCUGUCUCGGGAUAUUCCUGGGAGGGCUGCUGGUGAAGAAGCUGAACCUGUCCGCUCUGGGCGCUGUCCGCAUGGCCAUGCUGGUUAACUUGGUCUCCACCGCCUGCUACGUGUCCUUUCUCUUCCUGGGAUGUGAUACGGGGCCUGUUGCUGGGGUGACCAUCGCCUAUGGCAACGAGACCCUGAAGGUGGGACAGCGACCGGAAGCCACCUGCAUUCACAACUGCAACUGCUACACGUCCUCCGUCAGCCCUGUGUGCGGCUCGGAUGGAGUCACCUACUUGUCAGCCUGCUUUGCUGGCUGCACCCGACCUGACCUGACAAGCUGCUCGUGUAUCCUGGGGGACAGUGACAACGCUACGGUUGUCCCAGGGAAGUGUCCCAGCCCUGGCUGCCAAGAGGCCUUCCUCACCUUCCUGUGUGUCAUAUGUGCCUGCAGCAUGAUCGGGGCCAUGGCUCAGACACCCUCUGUCAUCAUCCUCAUCAGGACUGUAACCCCCGAGCUGAAGUCCUAUGCCCUGGGAGUCCUUUUCCUGCUGCUCCGACUGCUAGGCUUCAUCCCGCCCCCUCUGAUCUUCGGGGUGGGGAUCGACUCCACGUGUCUCUUCUGGAGCACGGUGUGCGGAGAAAGGGGAGCCUGCAUGCUGUAUGACAACGUGGCCUACAGGCAGCUGUACGUCAGCAUCGCCAUCGUCCUCAAGGCCGUCGCCUUCCUGCUCUACACCACCACCUGGUGGUGCCUGCGUAGGAACUACAAGAAGUACAUUAAUAACCAUGAGGGCCUGAACCCCGCCAAGCUGUUCCCGUCCAGCCUCACCCUGGACAACCUGGGGAAAGACAUUAGCCAGAACCCAGCCAACAGGACAAAAUUCAUAUACAACCUGGAGGACCAUGAGUGGUGCGAGAACAUGGAGUCUGUUUUAUAGGAUCACGUGAGCAGUGGCAUGGCCUGCUACACCUUUAGUUCUCUUUUUUAAAUAAAGGAUCUUUUUUAUAUGAAGGUCGUCCAUUUGAGGCACUAGCUCGGCCCUGAGAUGCCGCUGCUACUCUUCUGUUUCCAUAGGGGCCCAUGUGCAUCCCCCCCCCCGGGCCCGUAAAAUGGCACGGUCCGCUUUGACAGAAGGGGUCUGUGCUCCCGGUCGCUCUGCCCGGGAUGCUUUGCUCGACACGUCAGCAUGUGGUCGGGACCCACAGAACAGUUAGCUGCUCAGGAGUCUGUCGGUGGGCCGUGCGGCACCGGAGACUCAGCCGUCUGCGUAAUGUGCAGCGUGAGUUCAGUGCCGGGAGGGGUGUGGGGUCCGGUGAGAGCGCUGUACUACACUACAGCGCACAGCUAGCUUCCUCAAAUAUGCAUCACUCACUGAACCCUGAAUCAGCCAUAUUUUUCAAUAAUUUCAAGCAUAAAUCCUGUCAUAUCUUGAAAUAUUAUAAUAUUUAACUAUAUUUAAAACACUGUUUCAAGUUUUUUUUUUUUUGUAAUUUCUCUUAUUAAUGCUGUUACAAGCAAAGAGAAUAUUUUUACAUUGGUUAUUUUUUUCACUUUUUUAGUGUGCAUAAUUAUAUCUGCUCUAGAGGAGCAAGGAUGCGUCACUGGGAAUGAUGUUUGAUCAAGGCUGCAGCAUAUCAACACAAUAAUUCAUUAAGAAAAAUAAUGGUAAACAGUUUUGCAGUGUUUACAAGUUACCUUUACUUUUUGGUUAAUAAAUAAUACUGUAUUCAUAAAAUAAUGACGUGAAAUUUAUAUAUAAAUUCAUCUGAGGGUAGAAACCUUAAGUGGCAAGAACUAUGGCACUUUACAGUGACGCUUAGGGUGGCUGCAUGGAGCCAGGGGCUCAGCACGAGUGUCACAGGCUGUUUGCUUGCACGGUGGUCGAAUGGUCAAUAUUUAUUUCUAAUUGUGGUUAACCCGCCCUUACCGUAUUUUAUGGUAUGUAUUGAUUUGUCGGCAUCCUUAAGCCCUCAGUUUGAUUUCCAUCCUCUCCAGUGAAGGAGGUCGGUUUUCUGAAUUUGUCAUCUUCUGAAGCUGCUGCUGAGAUCAGAAGGGUAGAUGUUUACGUCCAACAAGGUGCUCAGCUCCCAGAGACACUCUUCCCGGCUUCGCCGGGUCUCCAGCGUCUGUCUUGUGUUUUAUUUAAUCAACAUUUAUGUUUUAACACCAGCAGACAGCCCACACCGCUCGAGUCAUUAUUCAGUAAAGCUUCAGUAAGUGAGUUCGGUAUGUUUUAGUGAAGUUGUGCUUCAUUGCUGUCAAGAUAAGACCUUAAAUUCAUUCGCAGGGGAAAUUCAGAGACGUCAGAGUCUGAGGGGAGAGGGUUUUGUGUGUUUCAGUCCACCAACCCUCACUCCUUGGUUUCUCUGCUCUACAAUCACUGUCAUGAUCUGUGAGGACUGGUUUAUAAAUAGCCCGGAUUUCACCACCUGUGAUUAUCAAUUCCAAAGUUAAUAUCUAAGUUAUUUAAACAACAAUGUGCAGACAUAUCUACAGAUAUAAAUAUAUGCAGAUAUAAAUUUACAUCAGUGUAUGCUGACUUGAGUGUGAACUGCCUUGCAGUUAUUGAUAAUGAACGGAUAUACAGUAUAUAGAUCUUUAUAACAGUGAUGCAUAUAUAUAAUAUAUAACUAUUUGUAUUUUUUGUGAUUACUUAUACAUAUAAAUUUUCAUUCCUUUUCAUUAUUUGUUAACAUUUUAGAAACUGCUCAAAUUCUAUUGAAUAUUUUUAAUGUAUUUUUCUUGUUUACAGGAUUACACUUGAUACUUUGUUCAUAAUUAAAUUUUUCUAAAAAGUAAACACCAUUCCAUACAUGCAUAUCAUCAUAUUAAAAAACAGUUUUCACCAGAUGGCCGUAGUCAUUGCAGGAAAUAGCUUUAGGAGGCAUGUGUCUAUAUGUGGAUACGUUGACCAAGACGUUUGGAGGUCUCAUCCUGUAAACUUCCGUUUUUGGAGGAAUACAAUGCGUGGUUGGGUGUAGCUGAUUGGUUGUCCCAGGAACUCUUAGAAACUGGCUAGCGUGUGGUGGCCCAGUGAGAGUUUAGAAGCUGCCAAUCAGCUUCUGACAUCCUAGCUCGGCGUUACCUGAUUUGGCGAUAUUGUUGGAUGGGAGGCGGGCCCAGCACACCGGCUGAGAUGGCUCAGACUCAUGUCACGAGACUGGAAGCAGUCGGUAGCACCGGGGACCUGCAAGGAUGUGGUCUUAGACCACUAAAGAUUAGCAAGGAACAGCUGGCCAGUCUUAUCCUUCACCCUCCGAGAUGAAAGCGUGCAAGCUUCAAGCAGCGGGUGACUUUGUAGCUUUGGGGGGGUGGGAGUCAAACAAAAACAAAAGCCCCUCGUCAGUACGCAGAGCCACGAGAGAUGGAUUUACAGCUGAAUACGAGCCUUAGCAACCUCGCCUUUCCUGCAAGAGCGGCCCACUCUGAGGGAAAAAUGGUCACAUCAAGGAUCUGUAAGCGAUGAUAACAGAAGGCUGUGAAUGCAAAUCAACCAAAGCUUUUUCCAGUUUGCAAUAUUUUUAAUAGAGAAAACAAGUUUGUGAAUAUAGCUCGUUCUGAUAUAUCCUGAUGUAUAUCAAUUUGGUGAACUACUGUUUGGUAUCAUGAAGAAAUCACAGUUUUACAUUUGCGUUCUGAUCGCAUCGUGAUGUUGCAGAUCAAAAGGCAAUGAUGUUUCUCUGGUAGUGACAUUGUGAAGUGAUGACUAUGUCAUUAUUCUAUCAGGUCUAAUGAAGGUUUCCUUUUAAUUUCUCACCAGCAAACCCAAAUGACCCUUUGCCAUUUUCCAGCACAUUUCCAGUAGUGUUAAACUGGACCAUUCCAGUGUUUUCCACAAGGGGAGCCUAUUUGGUUUUACUACACUGACCAUCCAUCAGCAGUUGGCUUGAUAAUAUAAAUAUCCCCUGUGACUUUGGAGUUCCCCUCCUCUUAAAUGGCUUGAAAGAAGGUCUGACUCUAAGAGAUGUCAAACUUGAACUAAAAUCAGAAAUCCAGCACAUUGCACCUCAGAAACAAAAUAUGAGCUUUGUGAACUAGACAAAUUGCUACGAAAGCAAGAUGCCAAAAUGGACUAUUGAUUAACGCUGAAAGACAGAAGGAUGAGGAAAAGGGUGAAGUCUUGCUUCAAAUCAUGUUGGGCUUUCGCGAAGGCGUCCUACAUCAGAUUUCAGAAUGCUCGCCAAACUUAGCUCCAGCAUAGGUAUUGGGCGUUAAUUGACUUGCCACUCUCAUUCUCUGCAUCCACCUCUCUCUAUUUGAGUGCCAAUGUAAUAUCAGUCAGUGACUAGAAAUUUCUCUUAUGGAAGAACAGAAGACGCCAUUUUAUCAGCGCACAUACAGUAGGGGAAUUUGUAUACUCAGCCGGUAGCGAUGCAUCCUAAUUGUCUUCAGAAGACGGUAUGAUGUAACUCAAGGCUUUCAAAGUGUUGUUGAUAAAUGGUGUACCUUGAUGUACUAUACAAAGUUGUUUAGGCAGAAUAAAUCGUUAGCAUGUAGGAUUUUCUGUCACAGGUAAAUCGAAUCGUCUUACAGUUUGAUUCUUUAUUCAUGGAAGGGUGAUCCUUUGGAUGCUUUGGGUGUUUAUACCAGAAAUUUUUAAAAUUGUAUUGUGGUUACAUUAAAAAUGAUUAAGUGUUACAGUGUGUCAAGUAGAGAAAUGCCUCCUCAUCUAUGCCCCUUAGCAUUACACAUCGGUUUUCUUAAACUAUUUGCGAAGGUAAUAACCGUUAUUUGCAAAAGUGUGUGAUUGGGGUUUCCACAGAAAUCUUUAGAAAAAUGGCCACCGUUUUGUAACUGAGAAACGAAAAGACUGCACUUCGUUUUGAUCCACUCCAGGGUCGUCUCUGCGUUGACAACAGGUCAUGUGGUUGGCACUCGUGCCUCGUGAACAUCCACAAGGUUGCAUGUGUAAAAAUACUGGUUACGGUGUGCGUGCACAGUACCUUGGAACUGCAGCUUGAGCAACGGUUCAUCCUUCCUUUCACCCUUUCUCUGUUCCCACACUAUAAUAUUAAUUUAAGGGCUAUUUUUAUAAUUCAUUAGAGUGCAGCUCAAAACCUUGUGCUAUAUAAAGAAAUACAAAACCACAUCCUUUUGUCUUUAACACUGCUCCGGUCUGUGUUUUCUACGUCAGUUUCAAACUAUUGUAAACAUCUGAGUUACAAUCGCACUUUCUGUUAACUUCAGCUUAGUCCAUUAGUCUCUUAUUUGUUGUCCUUUCAGCAACGACCGACCCAUAAAUUCUGGCCAGUUAAAAUGUUGAAUUAUACGUAAUUUGCGUCUCAGUUCCCUUCCAUAGAUUGUUUGGGGCUGGCCAACACCUGGAACAGAUGUUUGAUGCAAAGGUUAUUUUGUUUUGUUUUUUCUUUUCAUUCAGCUGACUGAGCAUCUGAAUUCGUAAGCGUUAUGUUGAUAGCAAUAUUCGGCAUGGUUGAGUGCGUUUUCCAGGCUUGACAGACGCUGGGUCAGGACACAGACGCUCGCCUGUUUGCGGUGACUUUCGCACUUAGCGUAGUUCCAUUCCCAUGUGACUUCAGAAGCAUUUCAGCAAAGAGAUGCUCAUAUAUUACGAAAUGCAAAAUGAUAAAGACAGAUUUCCUGAGGUAAAUGCUCCUCCCCCUGCAUUACUUUUUUUUCCCCUCGAAUGUAUAAUUUUAGAGAAAAUCGUGUGAUGUAUAUUUGCUGUAAAAUAAAUUGAAACUAUUUUCA